AUGUCGCUUCCUUUUCCAACCCGUCAGCUCUAUUACAAUGGCAAGGUCCAAGCUGCGACCUCCGGCAAGACUUUCCAGACCGUCAACCCUGCCACCGCAACUCCACUAGCCGACAUCCAGAUUGCCUCCAAUGCGGAUACUGAUGCUGCCAUUAUUGCUGCCGAUCAAGCAUUCCCUUCAUGGGCCCAAACACCGCUGAUUGCUCGCGCUCGGAUUCUUCACAAAGCCGCUGCUUUACUACGGGAGCGAAAUGAUGAAAUCGCACGUAUCGAGACAUUGGACUCCGGCAAGGCCUAUACUGAGACAAGCACCGUCGACGUCAUGACUGGCGCUGAUGUUUUAGAGUACUAUGGCAACUUCAUUGGCGGGGGUGGUCUCAAUGGUGAAACUACCCAGCUCCGCGAGGAUGCCUGGGUAUAUACUAAGAAGUCUCCUUUGGGAGUGUGUGCCGGCAUUGGUGCUUGGAACUACCCCAUCCAGAUUGCCCUUUGGAAAUCCGCUGCCUGCUUGGCCGCCGGUAACACAAUGAUUUAUAAACCUAGUGAAUUCACACCGCUUCAUGGUCAAACCCUUGCAGAAAUCUACACAGAAGCCGGUCUCCCCGCGGGUGUCUUCAACGUUAUCAAUGGUGCUGGUGAUGUUGGCGCCUACCUCACCAGCCACCCGCUCAUUGCCAAGGUCUCCUUCACCGGCCAAGUUUCGACCGGCAUGAAGGUUGCAGGUGUUGCCUCGGGCAACAUGAAAUAUGUGACAAUGGAGCUCGGCGGCAAGAGCCCAUUGAUUGUGUGUCCAGAUGCCCAGCUUGAAAACGCUGUCGAUGGCGCCAUGAUGGCCAAUUUCUACAGCACAGGCCAGGUCUGCACCAAUGGUACUCGGGUGUUCGUCCCACGCGGCAUGAAGGCUGCUUUCGAGAAGAGCUUGCUCGAAAAAAUCCAGUACGUGCGGGCUGGCCCGCUCUUCGAUGAUCAGACCAAUUUCGGUCCUCUCAGCUCCCAAGCCCACUAUGAUAAAGUCGUCUCUUACAUCCGCCACGGUAUUGAGUCAGACCGCGCCACCUUACUUUGUGGUGGUGUCGACAAGCCAACUAUGCCCAAGGAUCUACAGGCCGGUUUCUGGGUCCAGCCAACGGUCUUCACCGACUGCACUGACUCAAUGAGCAUCGUCAAAGAGGAGAUCUUCGGCCCCGUUAUGUCCAUCUUAUACUAUGACACCGUGGAGGAGGCCGUGCAGCGUGCCAAUGCUACUGAUCUCGGUCUUGCUGCCGGUGUUUUCACCGAGAACUUGAACCAGGCUCAUCGUAUCAUUGAUCAACUACAGGCGGGUAUCACCUGGGUAAACACGUGGGGUGAGAGUCCUGCUGAGAUGGCUGUCGGUGGCUGGAAGAAGAGCGGUCUAGGCGUGGAGAACGGCCGUCGCGGCAUCGAGGCUUGGCUUCAGAACAAAAGCACUCUGGUCGAUAUGAGCGGUGCCGUCGCCACUGUAUUUGCCAAGCUAUAA